AUGGUCGUCUUCAGCAAAAUCACCACGAUGGCCCUGGGCCUCUCGUCUGUGGCUUCGGCCCUGCCUCAUGCCCAGCCUCGCAAAGGCUUCACGGUCAACCAGCUGACCCGGCAGACUGCCAACCCUAAAAGCAUCAACAUUCCAGCUCAGUACGCCAAGUUUCUGGCCAAGUAUGGAGCCACCAUUCCCCAGAGUGUCAAGGACGCUGCCGCCAAGGGCACUGUCGUGACGAAGCCGGAAGAAUACGACUCAGAGUACCUGACGCCCGUGGAAAUUGGCGGAACCACUCUGAACCUGGACUUUGAUACCGGCUCUGCCGAUCUCUGGGUCUUCUCUUCCGAGCUGUCCUCCUCCGAACAGUCCGGCCACAGCGUCUACAAGCCCUCCUCCAGCGCCACCAAGCUGUCCGGUUCCUCGUGGGACAUCUCCUACGGCGACGGCAGCUCCGCCAGCGGCGACGUCUACAAGGACACCGUGACGGUUGGCGGCGUGACGGCUAAGUCCCAGGCCGUCGAAGCCGCCAGCACCAUCAGUUCCGAGUUCACCCAGGACAAGAACAACGACGGCCUGCUGGGUCUGGCAUUCAGCUCGAUCAACACCGUCGAGCCCAAGGCGCAAACCACCUUCUUCGACACCGUCAAGUCGCAGCUCGACUCGCCCCUCUUCGCCGUCGCCCUCAAGUACCACGCCGCCGGAUCCUACGACUUCGGCUUCAUCGACGACAGCAAGUACUCUGGCGAGAUCACCUACGCCGACGUCGACACCUCCCAGGGCUUCUGGCAGUUCACGGCCGACGGAUACGCAGUCGGUGACGGUGCCACUAAAUCCGACUCCAUCAGCGCUAUUGCCGACACCGGCACCACCCUCAUCCUAAUCGACGACUCCAUCGUCUCCGCCUACUACAAGCAAGUCGACGGCGCCAAGGAGGACUACUCCGCCGGCGGAUACGUGUUCCCAUGCUCGACCGACCUGCCCACCUUCACCGUUGUGAUCGGCGACUACAAGGCCGUCGUCCCCGGCAAGCACAUCAACUACGCCCCCGUCACCGAGAACGGCGAGACCUGCUUCGGCGGCAUCCAGAGUAACUCUGGUCUGGGGCUCUCGAUCCUCGGUGACGUGUUCUUGAAGAGCCAGUAUGCGGUGUUUGAUUCUGAGGGGCCCCGGAUUGGGUUCGCCAAGCAGGCUUAA